AAAUUGAGAGAGGUUUAUGGCAAUUUCCGCCAGUCAAAUUAUACAAAGGGGACUGCGUGGCACCAAGUCGGCGAGUUUUAAAAUUUAAUUAUAUUUUCUAAAAAAAAGUUGUGGUGAGGAUUUUUUGGGGGGUUGGCGCAUGCAUUUAUCUCUUAAUCAAUCUCCCAUUGACUUUGGCAUGGACCCAAUCGACAGCUUUAUCUUUUGAUCUUCCUUAGAAAGCCAGCGAAAUCCAGGGCAAGAAACGAGAGGACGGAGAGGAAAAGGGAUGUGGGGCUUCUCGCUUCUGGGCAACGAAGUGAUCUCUCGGAUCAUCUUUCUCGCAGCCACAACUCCACGAGACGCUUGCAGGGUAGCGUGUGUCUCCCCCGUCUUCAGAUCGAUCGCAGAUUCAGAUGAGGUGUGGCGCCAAUUCUUGCCGCCCGACCACCGCGACGGUGUCGUCCUCCCUCAGAUAUCGAGCAAGAAGUCACUCUACCUCCACCUCUGCCGGAACCGGAACAUGAAGAGUGGAAAGAAAUGCUUUAUGAUCGGGGCAAGGGAGCUGGCCAUUGACCAGCGUUACUGGACAUGGAUUGCUGAACCAAAUUCCAGGUUCGGUCAAGUGCCUCAGCUCUUGUGCGUUGACCAGUUUCACAUUGUAGGAAGAAUGGAAAUGAAAAUGCUCUCGACCGAAACAAGGUACGCGGCUUACCUCGUCUUCCGAUUUGGAGAGUAUAGAGGUGGAUUUGAUGGGCCUGCGGAGUCGCGCGUGUCAAUCGAAAGCCACGGGCACAGAGAAUGGUCAACCGUGAUCCUUGACCCCCGGGAAGGGGAGCCCCGGUCGAUGAGGGAGCAUGGAGAUGGGUGGCUGGAGAUCAAGAUGGGGGAGUUCUACAACGAGAACGGAGACGACGGAAUUCUAGAAUGCAGUCUUAAGGAGGUCGUUAAUAAGACCAGGAAGUACGGUCUCGUUGUUGCAGGGAUCCAAAUUAGGCCUAAAGAGAUGUACUAAACACAGGCUGAAAAUGUGUCUUUUGACUCAGGAUUGUUAAAUAUAAAGGAACUGAGUCUUCUCAAUCAUCAGUUACUAUAAAUUCAGCAGAUAGAGAAAGAACACGUGAGGAAAAACAAAAGACAGAAAAGCAACAAAGAGCUGGUGAUCAACGGUGGAGAACUCGUGGUGAAGACACACUUGGAUUGACAUCAAUGAAGAAGAAGCCUGAGAUGAAGAUUGACAUGGAUCGCCAAGUUAUAACAGAUCUAAACUAGCACGUGUGUGGUUAUUCAGCUGAAAGUGGGAAAAACAAAUGAAGAAACAGUUAGUUGAAUUCUGUUUUUCUUUUAUGAGCUGUAUUCUGUUUUCCGUUCUUUAAGUAGUCUUCUUCCUCCUUGAUGAAGGCUGAGCAUAUAUAGAAAGAGUAGAGAGAAGAAAUAAAGAGAGAGAAAGCUUAGAGAGCAAUCAUCAAUGGAUGCUCUGCAAUUGUGUAGCUGAUACAUGCUGUGAUAGAGAAAUAGAAACAGGGGAUGUAAAACAGAGGAUUUUGUAUUCAAAAGCUGUCAUUGAUCACAGAAGCUUUGUUCUACAA